AUGAACGACAUCCGAUUGGAUUUUCUUACCGGGGUCGAGUCGGUUCGAACACCUGAAGAUGCCAAGAAGGAGGCCCAGGUGGUCUGCUACGAGGAUCGUGCGUUGAUACAGGACGCCAUAAGCAAUCAUGAGGACCAUCCAGCAGUCACUGUGGUGUCAUAUUGCACGCCGCCGCAAUCGGACGACUUGAAAAAAGUCUUCAUGUGGCUGUUGUGGCUGUUGACAUUGUGCGCGAAAAUGGUGGGCGCUGCACAGAGCUACGGUUCCCCACUGUCUGACCAGCUACUACGUCCAAGACUCGCGCGGCGACGCUCCUUUGCCAGUAUUCAGUGAAAAAAAAUAAGCAUGACUUAGCUAUAUGAAUUUAUUUACCACGGUGAAUGCCA